AUGCCUCCCCGCGCCCACUCCAAGACCUCUCGUGUCCCCCGCCGACCCUUCGAGUCUGCCCGACUUGACUCCGAGCUUAAGCUCGUUGGCGAGUAUGGCCUGCGCAAUAAGCGUGAGGUCUGGCGAGUCGGUCUGACUCUGUCCAAGAUCCGUCGUGCUGCCCGUCAGCUCCUUACCCUCGACGAGAAGGACCCCAAGCGUCUCUUCGAAGGCAAUGCCCUCAUUCGACGUCUCGUCCGUGUUGGUGUUCUCGACGAGUCCCGCAUGAAGCUGGAUUACGUCCUGGCCCUCAAGAUCGAGGAUUUCCUUGAGCGUCGUCUCCAGACCUGUGUCUGGAAGCUCGGUCUCGCCAAGUCUAUCCACCACGCCCGUGUCCUGAUCCGCCAGCGUCACAUCCGAGUCGGAAAGCAGAUCGUCAACGUUCCUUCUUUCAUCGUCCGUCUCGACUCCCAGAAGCAUAUCGACUUCGCUCUUACCUCGCCCUUCGGUGGUGGCCGUCCCGGCCGUGUCCGCAGAAAGAAGGCCAAGGCCGCCGAGGGCGGUGAGGGUGGCGAGGAUGAGGAGGACGAGGAGUAA